GUUUUUUACUCUAAAAUUUUUAUCAAAGAUGGCUAAAUCCACCAUAUUCGCUAUUUUCAUGAUCGUCUUCGUUCUAGGGAUGGUAACGAAAGAGACGAAAGGACAAGAAAUGUGUCGUGAUCUUUUAAUGAGAGCUAAAAACUGUGACGAUAGCACUUGUGCUACUCUGUGUAAGCAAAAAUGGAAAGGAAAUGGAUCGUGCUUCCCAAACGUAUAUAGAAAAAGCUGCCUCUGCACAUUUCCUUGCAAAACUUGAACUCUUACAAAGUCAAAUUGUAAUUUAUAAUAGUAAUAAAAUAAUGAUAAUAAAACUAAUGAUAAUGACAAUGUCACAAUGAUAAUGACAUGAAAUAAAAUUAAAC